CCCGGACAUAUUUAACACGCCCGCGGUGACAAAAACGUUCAUUGGUCGUUCAACAGUUUACAAUUUUUCCAUGCUUUUUUAUUUUCGAGCCCGCCAUUUGUUCAGACCGUUCAGACUAACAACCUGUUUAUUAUUGUUAAUCUGUAGUUGUCUCUCCGCUGUCUGCACGCGGCGGCAGUUUAUUUGGAAGAUGUCUCGUGCGGGUUUGAGCUGCCCGGGCUGCGGCUCCUCAAACAUUGUAGACGAUAAUCUGUACUGUCAGAGCCAGCUGGUGUGUGUGGACUGCGGCUCUGUGGUGUCCGAAGGAGCUCUGGUCGCCGCCGAUGACCACGUCGGUGGUUCAGAUGUCAGCUACAGCCGAUCCACCGCUGUGGCCAAAAAGCCGUGUAUGAACCUAAUAAAAGGUAUACAGCGUGUGAAAGCCAUAUGUCGGAUUCUCAGGGUCAACAGUGGGAUCGAGGAUCUCUCGCAGACUUAUUACAACCUGGCCUAUCAGCAUGAAAGUUUCAUCAGAGUGAGCCUCCAGAAGAAAGAGGUUCUAGCUGGUUGCUGUGUGCUUGUAUGCUGCAGACUGCUAAAUUGGCCCAUAACCAUGGGAACCAUCAGCUGUCUGCUGGAUGCCGACCCAAUGGUGGUGGGAAUGGUUUACCAAGAGAUGGUCAAGAUUCUCAACAUUGAGCCUCCGAUCAUUAAUGUCACAGAAGUGAUGGAGGCCCACAGUCUGGAGUACAAAAUAACCUCACUUCACGUUCCUGAAGAAUAUGCCGAAACCUCUAAGGACUUGACUAAACGUGCCGUGUCCCUGGUGGAGCUGGCAGCAGAUUCCUGGAUAGUGACUGGCCGUAAGCCCAUCCCCAUCAUGAUGGCUGCGAUCUAUCUGUCCUGGCAGUCCUUAAAACCCAACAAGCAUCGCCUGAAAUGCUCUCUGGAAAAAUUCUGUCAGAUUGCCAAAGUGAAUAAGCACAGGCCUGCUUCCAAGAGAAUAACUGAGAUGAAGAAGGUGCUGUGUAAGCUCGGUAAUGAGAUUCCCUGGGUGAGGGAAGCGGUGACGCCAGACAAUGUUGUUCGGCAGGUGGAGGAUAUUCUAAAGCACAGGUACGCCCUGCUUAGGAGGGCUCUGAGAACCCACGAGGAAGCUCUGCUGGUAGAGUGUCAAGCCAGCUGUGAGGACUCUCUAACUGAGGAGGCUGCCCCUACCCAAAGCUCUGCGCUUGUAGAGCAGAAUCCAAAUGCAUCCUCUGUGGAACAAUGUGAACUGAAUGCUGAAAGGGCCCAGCGACCAGGAGAUGGAGAUGAUAAUCCAUGCACAGUGUCUGAGCUGCACACUGACAUCCAGGAGAGCCAAUAUCCAACCCCAAACUGGGGGAAGAGAGUGCUGUUUGCUCCCCCGUGUGUGACUCAUCCUAGGAAGAAAAGGAGAGUGGAGCAGCCUGAGCUCAAGGAUGUAACCGGUGAUGAGGAAAUCUCUGACAGUGAAAUUGACUCAUACAUCCGCACUCCUCGGGAAGCUCAAGAGUUUAUUCUGACACAGCAGCUGUUUUAUGAGAGUGAGCAGUCCUAACUGGACUAUUCCAAUAAAGAUGCAGGUAUUUUAAUUUCUAUAAGAUUUGGUUCAUUAGGGAGGUUGAUGAUUUUGGACACACCACAUGAUGUGCAAUCAGUGAAAAGUGCAGUAUGAUGAUCUCCACUUUACAAAUUGUGAAAUGCUUUUCUUUUAAAGGAAAUAUGAGAAUAAAUAAAAUUUUAGUUUUCGCACAUCAUCCACACCACAUAUGAAAGUGCCUGAUAUGAGAGAUUUACCUGGUUAACAACUCCUGAGGACAUACAGCUUGUACAGCAGAAUCCACAUGAAUCCUCUGUGGAACAAUGUGAACUGAAUGCUCAAAAUAGGCCUUUUUCACAGAGGACCUUUUGACAUGUCACAGUAAGGAAAGCACAGAGGUAAAUUCCUUUGUAAUUACUGAUGGCUGAAUUCCAUUUAGCUGCUUCAGUUUCAGGAUCCUGGUAUUGGGCAUGCUGGCUCAGUUCACUGUUAUGGCUUACUGGAGCAUUUGAAUAGGACCGAGCCAUUGUUAAUGUGCUCUUCCUGCUAUUACUAAUCAAGACAUCUGCUGGCAAAAAGGUCUAUUUUGCCAAUGAAGCCUUCAUUGUCUUGCAAACACCAACCUGAUUAUUCUUACGGUUCGUGACUUGAAAAGGUUCAAAUUCAGCCUCUGUAUGUAAAGAACACAGAACAUAAUACUUUGUAUAUGCAGCUGCCAGCAUUCAGGCCCAUAUAAAAUACUAAAACACCUAA